GUUAUAAAACCUGAUAUGAUGAACCUUUGAAGAAUAAAGUUAUCUGUAUGCAAAGCCAUGCUAUAAAAUCUUGCAUGUUAAGCCUGUGUUAGAAACUUAUCAUGUAAACUUGCCUAGAAAUGCUAUGGAGUUUAAUCUUUUCCUCUUGUUAUGACUCUUUGAGCCUUGGCAUGAAUGUGACAAAAUUCUAUCUAUUUGUUCUCAUCAACAUUAAAACGCCAACCAGUUACAUGAUCUGCCUGUUUUGUUGAUCAGUAGAUAGGUUUCUACUGGCAUGUUUAUUUCUAUGUUGGUGUUAACUGUUACUUGCUGUGCACUUUCACACGUUAAAACGGAGUUUUUAAAUGGAUCUACAGCUAAUAUGUGUCCAAUGAAUUUUAUUUUGUGUAGAAGCGGCAAAACAGGUAUAUAAUCGGUAAAUGAGUAUGCUAAUUUGUAACCUGUACUCAUUUUACUAGCCAUAGAUUUAGGAUCUAUCAACCAUUUACCUAUUUUUUCCACCUCUAGAUAUUGGUAGAGUAGAUUAAUAUAUGAGAGACUAGAAAAAAUGAAUAUUGUGCUUAUGUGCUUUAUAAUUUCCAUUCAUGUGUCAGGUAGAAUUUUGUUGACAUAUACGUUUAUUACUCUCAAGUUUCAGUAUCAUCCUUGAAAACAAGCAGUUUUAGUUUUAUGGAAAGUUUCUAUUGUCCCAAAAAGCAUUUAACUGCACAUUUGUGCGUGUUAACAUUUUUGGCUCCUUAUUUAUUUGUUUAUUUAAUCUCCAUCCCAUUUCUUCUUUUAGCCGUUCUCCGGGCUCAGGUGAUAGGGUAUCUAGAUUGAAUGGAGGUCUAGAACAUUGAUAAAAUAUUUGCAUGUAUAAACUUGACACGGGAUUUGUUACAAUUAUGAAAUACAUUCGAUCACUACCUCCUCACACCCUUCCAGUUCAAUCAGUACCAUUAUCUCCUAAUGUUUAGCUAGUAAAUUGAACACUGUAGGUGUUUUACCUUUGGCUUUAGUUUUUGACUAUGUUUUGGAUGCAAUGGUCAUUUCCAGGAAAUAGAUUUUGGCUUUAUUCUGCAGAUCAGAACGUUUUUAUGUAUGCUUUAAAGCUCGAUCCUCGUGAUCUUUGCACGGAACACUCGUGAGGAGUGCCACUUGCCUUUUCAUCUGUUACAACUCUGCCACUUGCAUCAGUAUUCCUUCCAGAUGCAUGCACACUUCAUUUCACUGUUCUAUAUAUCGUUCAGGUGCUGGAUAUGAACUACAUAACCCAUUUCCAGUAAUUCCACUGGCUUCCCUCUGUCCCUGAAUAACGGUAGUCUAACCUUUCUCUUUUUCACCAGAGACUCGCUCCAAAUUAUCAGUGUCUUCAUCAGAUGAAAUUUUUGUUUUGACAUCUGCUAUCAGCUUUCGUUUACUUGGUACAUUACUGGAACGUCAGAGGAUCAGGACUUUGUAUCGGAGAAAGAUCUGGAUCAUUUUCUGCAACUUCUAGAUGGGUGCACCCUCUCCAGCUUUUCAAAGGCGAGACAAACCUAGGCGUGUAGACCUGUACUUUUCAAGUUGGGUUGUUAAGCCUGUGGAAUCAAAGAAAGGGGAUGGACUACUGUCUGCAUGUGAGGUCACACUAUUUCAGUAUGAAGAUGUGGGCAUCCCAAAAGAUGUAGCAUGGUUAGGGAUUCGUCAGGGGCUCUGGCGUACUGUCAAGAAGUUGCACAAUGGCCUCCGAGCAUAUCAGGAUGCAAGGAAGUCAGAGGCAGCGGUUUCCAGGUGUGCAAUGAUGACAAGAAUCACUGCAAAAAUAUCAUCUGAUGUAGGUACUGGUACUUUGGAGCGAGUCUCUGGUGAAGAAGAGAAACGUGAGACUAACGAUAUCCAGGGUCAGAGAGGAGGUGGCGGCAUCAAGUGGAAAUAUGGGAAGUAUUCCUACGCUGUUGAUUUGAGCUUUGACCACGUUCCAUUUCGUAAGUGUUCCUUCUUUGGGCUAGCUUCCGAGGGAACAAGUUUUCAGUUUCACGAACUCCACGAGGAUUAAUCUCAUCAUGUCUCAAAUGGACAAACAAUAUUUUGUACAUUGAGACCCAACAUCACUUGUUUUUAUUGUUGUUAGUAGUGUGAAUUUCGUGUUCUCAAUUUGGAUAGUUAUGGUUUCUAACUUAUGUAUUAGAUCAUUUUGACAAGCAGCACAGAGAUCAAAUUGUUCACUUCUCUUGA